AUGUCAUCAUCCUCAUCUGCAACGCCUUCCGGCCUCAUCACCACCUCCACGCUAUCGGACCCUGGAACCCCUAAGAGCGACCACCGGCUCUUAACCACCGUGGUUAUCCUUGCAAUCGUCGCAACCUUCCUCAUUGCAUUUAUCAUCUGGCUCACGCUCCGUGUGAAACGACGCCAGAGUAAUGGGGAAUCCUCUGGCCCGUACCAGGGAACUGUGAUGAACCAAGAUCAUCCAGCAUCCAGCAUUACGCCGUUCGGAGCAGGUGGCCCGCACGCAGGACGGAAGGCGCCUCAAUUCACACACACCCCCGGCGAAGACAUGCGAAUAGCAGUCCGUCGACCCGACGGUGCUUGGCACUUCGCCGAUUCCCGAACACCUUUUACACCAACCGGAGUGCAGGAUAUCGACGUCCUUCCAUCUCCCAUGUCAUCCUCAGUUAGCCUGCUUUCCCUCCUGCCCCACCAGCCUCUGUCGAAGAAAGCGCAAGAAGCUCGGUCGUACGGGAAAGGCUAUGACUCCGAUAUCGACUUCGAAGUCAGGCGGACGGUCCCACCUCCACCUGCUUAUCAUCGCGAGCCGUGCGGAGAACAUUUCGAUGACGCUCGAUCUCCCGUAUAG